GUGUGUCAUCGUCGGCGGUCUGUUUCUUUAAAUAUUUUCUGCCGCAAAGGAUUGUGGGUAAUAGAUCUCCUGGCCGCUGCCUCUUUUCUUUCGGCAGCCACACGCGCUUCCACGCGGCUGCGCAAAAUUGUUCCUGAAUUUGGACCGAACGUGCUGAAUCCUCGUCGCAAGCGGAAAAGUGUUGCGAUCGUCGUGUGAAAAUGUGCGCGAGGGGGACGGCGGAGUACGACGAGGAACUUUGGGGCCCGAAAGAGGAGGAGGACCCACAGCUCGUGACCAUCGGUGAGGACAUCGGUAAAGAGCUUCAACCUGAGCGGCGGGAGCCACAGCCCCCUCACAUUAAAGAGGAAGAGGAGGAUGAAGAGGUCCACCACAUCAGAGAGGAAGAGGAACUGGAGACCACUCCCAUUAAAAAAGAGGAGGAAGAAGAGCGCCCACACAUCAAACAGGAAGAGGAGGAGGAGAUCAGCAAGUUUUCGACUGAUGUCCCUUUGAAGAGUGAAGGUGACGGUCAAAGAGAAGAGAGCAAAGGGGCGGAGCCUCCAAGCAGCAGCUCAAGUCAACACAUGACAACAGAAGGCGAUGGAGACCCCGAUGCAGGAUCACAACCAGAUGGGCUCUUCGCUCCACUAUCAGAUGGUGAUGGCAUGAUGUCACAAUCUCCGAACACUGAUGAAAAUUAUCAUGAUAAACAGUCUGAAGGUGAUAUGGAAAUUCCCACUGACAACAAACAACGGAAAUGUUCUCAGUUUGGGAAAACCUUUGCUGACAAGAAGGCUUUGAAGAUAACACACACUGGAGAGAAACCUUUUGCCUGCUCAUAUUGCGGCCAAAGAUUCACUCGGAAGCAAACCUUGAAAAUACACACAAAAACACACACUGGCGAGAAACUUUUUUCCUGCUCAUAUUGUGGUCGAAUAUUCUCUGAUAAGGGACAAUUAAAGAGACACACAAGAAGACACACUGGGGAAGAUUUUGAGCCGUCCUUCUACAAACUUGAGGCGGGCAACCUGAAGGCGUGCCUCGCCACGGGCUUCAGUCGACACAACGCCACGGAGAAGGCGGGAAAAGGACACAUGUUCGAGGAGUCACACGCCGUGCGGAUAUCGGACGACUCGCUAUACAACCGGGUGGCGCUGCUGUCAGCCGCACAUAACGACACGUGCGAGGAAGGGGACCAGGGCGGUGCCAGACGAGAAGGAGAACCUCCUCUCCGUCACCGUCCUCGCCCUCCGCCUGGUUUUCGCCAAGACCCUCGCCAUCAACUGUGUCAUGACACUGCGCCUGUGGUUUGGCGCACCUGAGUAGCCAGUGCCACACCACCACCUUACUCCUCCUCCUGUGUUUCUGUUUGAACUUGGAGGUUUUCUUCAUGUCAGUGAGCAAUAAAAUGUGUCAUUAAAUCAACAAAAAUUCAAUACAAUUAGAUUGUAAAAAGAGGUUGUUGCUGAAUUACAACACACCACAAUACAGAUGAAUUACGACAGAAAAGUCUAUGGCUACAGUGGAAAAUAACCUGAUUACAACUGGGAUUAAAUUUAGAAGGAAAAUUAAGUGACUAUAAAAAUUGAUGCAUUUGUGAAACUAUUUAGAUUCCUAUAUGCUUGCUUGAUGGAUGGACAUCAGUCAGAAUUCUUUGCCACUGUGUGUGGUGUCCCACAGGGGUCAAUGCUGGGUCCAAUGUUAUUUAAUGUACAUAAAAGAUAUCAAACUCCUUGAAAUGGAUCCUUUUUGCAGGUGACACAAACAUGAAAGUCUAGCAAAGGUCAAUUUGAGAUGAAAUACUAAUACACAAGCUUUGAACCACAGGAGAGCCAAAGUGGAAGUACUCGUUCAUGUAGCGCAGGGGUGUCAAACUCAUUUUUUGUCUCGGGCCGCAUUGUAGUUAUGAUUUCCCUCAGAGGAUAGAAUAGUGAAAUGUUUCAUCACCAAAAUCAGAUUACCAUUACACAAUAAAUUGAGGGAUAACUCGUUUUGAAAUCAGAAGACAAGGAUGAUAGUUUGUUCAAGUAUUGUUUAAGUUACUGUAGAAGGAGGGUUUGGUAACAGAAAAAUGCAAUAUCUCCCCAUUAUUGUUGAUUAUUAUGACAAUUUGGAAUUUGGGUACAGUAGCUUUAGCAGGGACGGCCAGACUUCAGAUGCCUCCGUCCGGGAGGCAUCUAAAUCAGAUGCCCCAGCCACCUCAUUUGGCUCCUCUCGAUGUGGAGGAGCAGCGACUACUCUGAGAUCCUGCAUUCCGCUUGGCCAGCCUGCAUUCCGCUUGGCCAGCCGGUACCCAUCAGCUGCCUCAGGAGUCCCACAGGCCAAAAAGGCCCGAUAGGACUCCUUCUUCAGCUUGACGGCAUCCCUCACCGUUGGUAUCCACCAACGGGUUCGGUUAUUGCCGCCACGACAGGCACCGACCACCUUACGGCCACAGCUCCGGUCGGCCGCCUCAGCAAUGGAGGCGGUCCACUCGUACUCGAUGUCCCCCGCCUCCCUCGGAACUUGAGCAAAGUUCUGUCGGAGGAGCGAGUUGAAACAGGGGAUUCUGCCAGAAUGUUUGAGGCAUUUUGCUAAUAUUUUCGUCACAACGGAUAUUUAUAUUUGUACAAUAUAAAAAGUUUAGUUGGAUGCAUGAGUAAUCUAGUGUAUGUAUUCCUCAAUCUAUUUUUUUUUACCAGAUGCCACUAUCAAGAAAAUAAAAAGUGCCAUAUCGCACAGCCCAACAGUCUUACUUUUUACCCCAAAGGUUUUGAGUUUUAUCAUGUCAGGUUAACAAUCCGGAGGCCCGGUGGCCCUCACAGUUCUGAGGAGCGGGGUUCCAUCCCCGGCCCCGCCUGUGUGGAGUUUGCAUGUUCUCCCCGUGCCUGCGUGGGUUUUCUCCGGGCACUCCGGUUUCCUCCCGCAUCCCAAAAACAUGCAUUGUUUUUGACAACUCUAAAUUGCCCGUAGGUGUGAAUUUGAGUGCGAAUGGUUGUUUGUUUUUGUGCCCUGCGAUUGGCUGGCAACCAGUUCAAGGUGUACCCCGCCUUGGCUGGCUGAACCCAUGCGAGAAGCCACAUCAUAAUUUCACUUGGAGCAUCAGGUUUUCGUUGACUUGGAACUCUACUUGAGUAACUCGGUUAACAUAUUACGAAACUUGAUAUUCUUGUAACCUGUCAUUCUUUAAAUAAAACUGUCAUUACAUGAUAGUAAAAUAGAUCACACAAGUGUCAAGACAUGGUAUUGAAUACAUUAAACAAAAAUGUAAUAAAAAGGAACAAGGUGUCAAUAUUUUGUCAGUUGGAAUUAUGCACAGGGGCUGAUUGAAAGUGAGUAAACCAAAGCAAAUACAAGCAAAGUAAACUGUGCAAUGUGAUAUAGUUACAUAUUUACAUUAUGUGAUAUUCCAUCAAAGCACAAGUUGAAUACAAGCUAUAAACAAAUGCAGUGAUCAUGUACAGUCUCCCUCACAAACGUUUGAAAGAGUGAUGUUGGGAGGAAUGCGGUGAGGCUUUGUAAAAUAAUUUUUCUAUGUUUGUUUGUAUUUACAAACCCCCAUCCAAAACAUGAACGUGAACAUAUACAAAAAAAUUUCCUCUGCAUUUUACCCAUCACAUUUGUCGAUACAGCAAACAUACACACUUGUUCGUGGCACACGCUCGAGCAGAGGGUAACUUAAAGGUCAGAUGUUAUGAGGUCAGUUCAAAUUCAUAUUUGCAUUGUUUACAUGUUAUGUAAUACAUGCACGUAACAGCAAGUUUUCAACCAUCCAUCCAUCCAUCCAUUUUCUGAGCCGCUUCUCCUCACUAGGGUCGCGGGCGUGCUGGAGCCUAUCCCAGC